AUGCUCCGAGUUGAGGAGCACAGUAAAGUUUCAAUGGCAUGGAUUCUUGGGCUUGGCCCCAGCUUAGGUCUGGUUCGGGUGCCCGGCAUUGGACUUGUAUACACUGAACUAGCCAGAGGUGUUCCUCACAUCUUUUCCCACUUUGUAACCAACCUACCUGCAAUCCAUUAUGUGGUUGUUUUUGUCUGCAUGAAGUACCUUUCAGUCCAUACAGUCCUAGAAGAAGAGAGAUUCCUUGUAAGGCGAAUUGAACCUAAGGACUUCUAUAUGUUUCGUUGCAUUGCAAGACAUGGCUAUAAGGACCUUCAUAAGAAGGAUGAUGAUUUUGAGAAUAAGCUCUUCGACAACCUUUUUCGUUUUGUCAAGCUUGAGACCAUGGUAGAAGGGUGUUCAGAUUUGGAGGAAUAUAGUUUAGAUGAUGGGUUGGCUAAGGAGUUACGAAAUGGCCUUUCGGGUUAUAGUGGCAAUGAACUUUCCUCCAUUAUCGAUGUAACCAUCUCUUCAGUAGGUUCAAUGACUGUCAAUUCUGCAAUGCCAUCUAAUCAGGUGAUCAGCCAAAAUACGUAUCGUGAGUUAGAACAUUUGAGAAACAGUAGAGAUGCCGGAGUGGUCCACACUCUAGGGAAUGCAGUGGUUGUAGCAAGAGAGGAUUCAAGUUUAUGGAAGAAAAUAGCAAUUGAUUAUGCGUUUGCUCUUCUAAGAAAAUUGUGUAGGAAAAACAUUGUGGUCUUCAAUGUUCCUCAUGAGAGUCUAUUGAAUGUUGGACAAGUUAUCCAUGUAUAA